UUACGAAUGACAUUUGACAGCAUGGCUGCCACGGCUUUGGAUUCCGAAAUCAUGAAAAGUGAUAAAUAUUCGAUAUUAUUGCCCACAUACAAUGAGAGAGAAAACUUGCCCAUAAUAAUAUGGCUUAUUAUGAAAUAUCUGGAGAAAAGUGGCUACGAUUUUGAAGUGAUAAUAAUUGAUGAUGGAAGUCCCGACGGUACACUGGACGUGGCGAAACAGCUUCAAAAGCUGUAUGGAUCCAGUAAAAUUGUUUUGCGCCCGCGGGAGAAGAAACUAGGUUUAGGCACAGCGUACAUGCACGGAAUAAAACACGCCACGGGCAACUUUAUCAUCAUUAUGGACGCUGACCUUAGUCACCACCCUAAAUUCAUUCCCAAGAUGAUAGAACUCCAAUGGAAGCAGGACUUUGAUGUGGUUUCCGGAACUCGUUACAAGGACGGUGGUGGAGUCUACGGCUGGGACUUCAAGCGCAAGCUCAUCUCCCGCGGUGCCAACUUUGUCACACAGAUGCUGCUGCGACCUGGGGCUUCUGACUUGACAGGGUCGUUUAGAUUGUACAAAAAGGACAUCUUGCAGAAGCUCAUAGACAGCUGUGUGUCUAAGGGCUAUGUGUUCCAAAUGGAAAUGAUUAUCAGAGCACGCCAACUAGACUACACCAUCGGCGAGGUGCCCAUAACGUUCGUGGACCGCGUGUAUGGAGAGUCGAAGCUCGGAGGCUCCGAAAUAGUGCAGUUUGCUAAGGCUCUACUUUACCUGUUCGCUACCACGUGAUCUUGCUGUGGGGGGAAGGGAGGGGAAGCGAGGGUGUUCGUUUGGAACAAAACUAAUAGUUAUCAACAGGGAUCGGAUACCGGUAUUUCGUAUGGGUACGAAAACGGUAUAAAAAUACCGGUAAAAAAUUGUUCAUUGCUAAUUACUUCAUUUCUAAUUACGAAGUUGUUACCUAAAACACAACUGAGUCCUACAUUUCGAGAAUAAAAUAAUUCUAAAAAUAUGGUUAUUUCGACGUUUUUGCAAAAAACCGGUUCCGAUCCCUGGGUAUAAACAACUUAGGGUAGGUUGCACGUUGCACCAAAACGUCUGUCACCGUCAAUACGUUCGCUAAAUUAUUUUGUAAUAAGUUUUUUGGCAAUCAUUUCAUAUUUAGUACAAGCUUUUAUCGCUUGCUGUACUUUUCUUUCCACGGGCAACUAAUACACACCGAGACAAUUCUAACGACCACAAGUAUGAGCAAGUUCUUUGCCUUUGUAAAAAUUUCGCAACUUCGGAAAUUUUCCAGUGCCACAGGCACAUAACUCUGUAUCUUCAGGUAUUUAAAUAAAAGUAAACAAAACCUACCCUCAAAUGGCUCCUUAAGCCAGUUGAGGGUAGACGAAAACAUUACAUGAUCAAAUAAUGUACACUCGCGUGCAAAAGUAUUGCAUCACUUUGCAUUUUUUCAACUGCACCCAAUAUAUUUGUAAACUGGUUAAUUUAGCUAAAUUAUUUUAAUGUGAUCAUGUUUCUUGAAGUUUAAGCUUUAUGAAAAGUAAAAAAACAUGGAAACCGGGCCAGUAUUUUUCAAAUUAUCGGCUCUUUCCCGAUUUGUGAGCGGUUUCACGUUAUCACGCGCACGAGUUGCGUUACCCUUGACCCCUAUAAAACGGGGGAUAAAGAAGGGGUUGUUAUCAGUCACUUAUCAGAAGUUGAUCGUUAAAUAUCUCCGCAUAUUUUUCCGUGAAGAAGACCUGGAAAAAUGGAAACCACUGAAGCUGAAGUCCGCCAAAUCGUCCAGCCCCUGCAAGCGGAGCGUAGCCAACGUUCAGUAGCUGCCGAGCUGAAUUUAAGCCAAUCUGCAAUUUGCAGAGUUUAUCAGAGGUUCCAGGGGACUGGAUCCUUUACUUCAAGACCAAGAACGGGCCGUAGAAAGUGUACAUCAGAGAGGGACGACCGCUUCUUUGUCACAAUAUCUCUCCGAGAUCAACACCAGACAAGCAUUGCCAUCCAGCAGCGUCUGCGUGAGGUACCAGGAGUGGCUGCAAGUAAGUGGACAGUAAGAAGAAGACUUAAGAAAGCGAACUUGACACCCAGGAGGCCCGCAGCGGGGCCCAGAUUGCUGGCGCGACACCGUACAGCCUAAAGAGAGUUUGCUGAAAAUCGUAACGACUCGACCAUUGAACAAUGAACCCCAGUUCUCUCCUUGAACGAGUGCAGAAUGUGCUUAGAUGGACGCGACCGAAGAGGAAGAGUCUACAGAAGGCCAGAAGAACGGUUCGCUUCAUGUUUCUUUUCCGAAAGGGUCGCCUAUGGCGGUGGAUCCGUAAUGUUCUGGGGCGGCAUUUUCUACGACGGGCGGACAGCGAGCACAGAGCUGGUUUUCGUGCCUGGCGGGGGCCGUGACAGUGGAUUGACCGCUGCCAAGUAUAUCACUGACAUCCUGGAGGAACAUCCUUAUGCCGGUAUUUUAGAUGAGGGGUUCAUCCUAAUGCAGGAUAAUGCCCCGUGUCACACCGCUAGGGCCACCGCAGCCUACCUUCUCGAAGUGGGCAUCGACACCAUGGACUGGCCAGCGAUGAGCCCGGACCUUAACCCCAUUAAACACGUGUGGGACUACCUGAAAAGGAGGGUUCGGAAGCGGAGUCGUGCCCUGGUAAAUGUUGAGGAACUGAAGGCCGCCUUGCUGGAGGAGUGGGACGCUAUUGCUCAUCAUCACAUUAAAAAAUUAAUUGGUCUAUGAAAAACCGCCUGAUUUGUGUAAGGAGGGCUAUGGGUGGUAAUACCAAGUAUUAAUUUAAUAAUAAUUAUUUAUAUUGUAUUAAAAAAAUGACUUUUAUUCUCAACUUUCCUGAUUUAUUUUUGGAGCAUUAUGCGACUACUUUCAGUUUUCGGAUUUUUUUAAGUCUUCAGAUUCGAAAUUUCAAUUAAUUUUCCAUUUUUCUAAUGCGUUACAUUAUAAGUUUUCAGUUGAUACCAAAAUUGUCAGAAUCGGGUAUAGAAUUACAAAGAUAUUGGGUGCGGACGAAAAAAUGCAAAGUGAUGCAAUACUUUUGCACGCGAGUGUAGGUUAAAGUCAGGGCGUUCAGUGACUGAUCCAGGCGGUUUUGUAUUUGGCUGGUUAACCAAUAAAUGUUAUAACCCGAAAAUGUACAAAUUGUUUGUUUACUUUUAUUUAAAUACCUAAAGAUACAGAUUAUAGGUACAUACCAUACCUGCAACAUACAUCUACAUAUGGUCCAAAACAUGUGAAACUGAAACAUGUACUUAAAUCAAGUGUUCUAGAAACAUGAAAAUAAGCAAUCUUGUGUACGAUGAAAUAAUUUAUGUGCAUAAUUUUAAAUAUAAUUGGGUCGGUGACGUUAUUCACAUUCCAUAAGCUAAGGCCACGGCCGACGGGCGAGCGGUGAGCGGAGCGUGCAGCGGGCGAACGAGCGUUUUUUAUUAUUAUUAAAAAAUUAUCAUAAUGUACAUAGAUAUAGAAGUAUAUAAAUAAAGAUUUUGUUACUAUA